AUGCCAUCCGUCAAAUCUAAACUAAAGGAUAAUAUACCAUUGAAACCUAUACAACCUACUCAAUAUUGGACAUUUGAAAAUGCUUUAAAAUUAUUAGAAAAUUGUGAAGAUCCUUUUGUUUUAGAAGCUUUAGAUGAAUUUUUAUUAUUAAAUAAAGAUGUUAUAUUAAAUCCAAUGCCAUUUAAUGGUAAAAUUAAUAUAAAGAAAGAUAUUAAAGAAUUAACAAUAAGGAGUAUACUAUAUACUAAUAUAACGUCAUUGAAUAUAUCAGAUGGUGAACAAAUUGAGAAAUUUUUGAAUUUAAAUUUGAAAGAAAUCGUCAGGGUCAUAUGUCAAAUUUGUAAGAAAAUACCACCUAAAACUCAACCGGAAUUUGUAAUAAAGAGUAAAUUACACGAUGAUAGGGACAAAUCAUUAGAUAAUGAAAGAUUAGCAUUAUAUGUUUCAAAAAUAUUAAGAGAAAGACGAAUUAUGUUGAAAAUAGUGACUGAAUUGUUAUCAAACAAAACCAAUGAUUAUGCUUCAUUAACUGUACAAAAUUUAGGUAGAGAAAUCUAUUUAUCAGAUGAGUAUAUACUGCAGCUUAUUGAUUCUAUAAAGCAAACCAUUCAAUAUUUAAUCAAAGGAGAUUAUGAAACUGGAAUAAAGAGAAUUGAUGAAAUUAUUUUGAAUGAAAGCGUUCUAUUCAUCAUAGAGUCAACUAAAGUAUUGAUAGAUAUUUCAUAUUAUAACACAAUAGUUACAAAGGAUAUAAUUAAUUCAUGGUUUAAAUUAAUGAGAGAAAUUAACUUUGGUUUAACGUUAUCAUCUUGUAUAGACCUCGUUGAACCAUUAACUUUGAUUCAAAGUUUAUUUACAAUUAUAUCUGUGCAGUAUUUAAAUUUAAAUGAUACUUUUGAAACGGUUGAGAAUGACGAAUUAUACAUAAGUGAUUAUCAAACUUUUAAAAACAUCAAUGAAACUAUAACGAAUUCAGCUGUCACUAACUCAGUUGUAUUGUAUUGUUGGUCUAUUAUAUUACUAAGAAAAUCAUACUUUAUACAAGAAUUUCCCAGAUUAUCAAAAGUUACACCAUUCUUACCAGACUUUAAUGCAGCAAAUUUAGAUCAAAUAAUAAACUCAUUAAAUGAAAAGUGCAUAAACUUGGGUAUUUUCAUAACCUUAAAAAAAAUCAACGAGUUAGUGGAAUUCAAUGAUAAUUACUCAACUAUAUUAUCAUCUAUAAUCAUGGCUUCUAUGCCAUUAAUAUCAUUAACUCCAGAAGUAACUGAUGCUAUAGUUUCAAUCAUGGAAAGUUGUCCAAAUUAUGUUGUCGAGCAAUUCUUCGAAAAUGAAUCAACUAAAAAUGCAAUCAUUGUUGCAAGAACGAAAUUUCCAUUAUUAUUAACUCCUUAUAUAAAUUUAGCUUCCAUAAAUGGUAAUUUUGCAUUUCAUGAAUUUAACGAAUUAAAAUCAUUUAUACAAUUAUUUAAAAAAGAAGAAUUUAAUGACAUGUAUCAAAUUGAUGAUCAAGAUACUGAAUUAGUUAAAAUAACAGAAAGUAUUGAUGUGUAUCCACCAUUUGAAGUAAGUAAAAAAUUAUCAAUGGUUUUUAAUAAAGGAACAAGAGCCAAGAUACUACCAGCUGCAAAUUCAGAUGAAACAUUAGCCACAUUUUUAUUCAAUUAUAACGGUUGGGCAUUUUUAGGUAGAGUUUUACAGAAUGUUUCCAAAGUUUAUAAUUCAGAUCCAGUGAAAGCUGAAUUGGUAGUUUGUAUACUCAAUUUAUUAAAUAAAGUCGUACUUGAUAACGGUGUUGAUGUAGCUAAAUUAGUCACUGAAGCCAUGUCAGCAUAUACUGACGAUUCAGAUAUACUUGAAGUUAUAUUAAGAUUAUUAGAACAAGGAUUACAUUCAAGAAAUACAAAAUUAUCAGUUUUUGUAUUUACUUUAUUAACUAAUAUGAUGCCAUUUUUAUCAUAUAGAAUAUGGCCAUAUUUAUCAAAAUCUGCAUUAUUUUCAAACGAUGGAAAGGAAGGAUUUGCAACAAUUAUAUUUGGUGCUAUUGAAAUGGUUAAAGGUGAUUAUAAAUUUACUAUUGCAUUGAUUAAAUUAGCUGAAGCAUUAACACAAAAUUGUAUAUAUUUAAAUGAAGAUUAUCCUAAAAAAUCAAAAGCUAAAAUAAUGGUUAAUUUUGUAAAUCAUUUGAUAAGUUUAUUUGAAAGUUUCACAUAUUGUAAAUUUAAUCAACAAUAUGAAAAAUUGGAAAUUGGGGUUUUAAUAUUAGAUAUUUUUUCAACUAUAUUAGCUACAGUUUAUGGGAUUGACGAAGGUGCACCAAUUGAUUCUAAAGCUACAAAUGUAUUCACUGAUGCCUCAAAUAGAAUACUUGAAGCUUUCUUGGCUAGUGAUACAGAAUCUAGAGCUACAUUUCCAAUUACAAGCAUGAUUGAUUCAGUUUCUCAAGAAUUGGAAAUGUAUGAAUUGACAGAUAUUUCUGGAUUUUGUUAUGAUAGUUGGAUACGCUGUUGUAUGUCAUUUUCACAAUUGAUAAUUAAUAUUAGAUCAGUUGCUAAUUUACCACCAUCCAAUUUUGAAAAAGUUUUAUUUGAAAAAGCUCCUAUAUUAGUUACAUUAUAUUCAACUUAUGAAUUUGUAAAAACUGAUGUAUUGGAUUUAUUAAGUUGCUUAACUAAUGGCCAAUGGGAACAGACUCCAUCAUUAUUAUCACAUUUAGGUAAAGAGAAAGCACAAGUUUUAUUACAUUCCUUAGCUGCAGAUUUAGGUAAUUCAUUUGAUGAUUAUAAAUUGAAGAUUUCAUUAAAUGAUUUCAUAUGCGCUGUAAUGAAUGGUAAACAAGAAGGUUUAGCUGUUUUAUUCAUUACUGGAAGAGAUGUAUUUGGUGAUAUCACUAAAAAAGAUCAAAAUACAAAUAAAAUUUCAUUAAUAUCAAUUUUAAAAAGGAAUGUACGAGAUAUGAAAUAUUUACCAAAUUCAGUUAGUAUUCAUUUAGUUGAUGCAAUUGCAUUAGCUAGUAAUUUAUGGACAACAGUUAAAGAAUCAGAACAUGAUGAAGAAUUUAUAAAGACAUUGAUAUCUAGAGUUAAACUAGAAAUGUCAGAACCAAAUACAUCAGAAGAUUUCAUUAACCGAUGUUAUGAAUUUAAAUUAGUUGCUAAAAUUGCUGAAAUUUUGGCGUUGUAUUUAUUUACAACCAAAAAUGAAAAAUGUAAGAAUGAAAUUAUAAAAUUUAUAAAUUCAGAAGAUUUUAUUGAAAUUGCAAAGGAGAAAUUUAUGAUUAAAAACUAUCAACCUCAAUUACAUUCAAAUACUCAACUAUUAUUUGAAUCAACAUAUUCUUUUAAAUUGAUACAAUUUACAAGUGGAUUAAAUAAGAGAAAUAGAUUUGGAAUCACUUCAGUAUAUAAUUUAGCUUUAAUGAAUUCAUUAUUUCAAGAUGAUCAAGAUUGGGCACAGAUAAGAGAACAAGUAAUUGCAUCAAGUAUUAAUUUACAAUAUAUAAAUUCACAAUUGGCAAGUGCAAAAUCAUUUGGUGCAUUAAUUACUAGUUUUAAUAGAAAAUAUGAAGGAACAUUAACUAAUUCUUUAAAUUUAGUUAAUCAUUUAAUAAAAUUGAAUAUUGAAGAAGGUUUAGUUUUUGAAUCUAUAUAUCAUGAAAGAAUAGAAUUGAGCUUUUAUUUGAUGUAUAAAUAUUUUUCAAAAAAUGAUAAAGCAAAUGUGUUUGAAAUUAUAAAGAAUCUGAGUAAUUUAUUAUCAAGUACAAGUAUGAAUUUUAUAAAUAAUUUGUCUGAAUCUAAAGGUUAUUAUAGACCAUUAUUGAAAGUAAUUUAUUGUUCAUUAAAAUUAGUUGAUCCAAAUUUAUUGAUUGAAUAUUUCAGUUUAUUUAAGGAUCUAUUUGAAUUGAUUAUAACUAACGGUGUAAAGACGUUAUUAAUUGAAAUCCAAAAUGAGGUUUACCUUUCCAAGAAUGAUAAAUCUUAUAAGUUUAAAAAUUUGAAUAAUCGAAUUGAUGAUUUGAUGAUCAUACUAUCAAUUUUGAAAAUAUUCAUAUCAAUUAGUGGUCCAAUGUUGCAUGAAGAAAUGGCAAGACUAGUUGAAGAAAAUGGUACUAUUAAAGCAUUAUUAAAUUUAUAUUCAAUUUCUCAUUAUAUUGAAGUUAAUGAAGAAUAUGUAUUUGCACAAUUAAGUUUACAAUUCUUACUUGAAUUAAUGUCAGUUGAAAUAAUUGGUGAAAAGAUAAUACAAAGUGGAUUAUUCAUCGUCCUUGUUGAAAGUCAAAUUUCCCACUCGAUAAGAUUAGGUCAAACAAAUCAUUCAUCACAAAAAUUAUGGACAAAUGGAAUACAACCAAUUAUAAUUUCAAGUUUAUUUAAAUUGGGUCAUGUUGUAGUUCCUGAAAUUUGUGUUGUAUUAAGAUUAUUUUCGAAACAAAUUGAAAAUUGUAUUGAGAAUUGGGCAAAAGAUAGUAGUAGUAUAAUUAUAUCAACUUCAUUAAUUGCUGAAACUAGUCAAAUAUUGAUAAUUUAUAAUUUGUUAAAAAGUUACAACGUUGAUGGAUAUUUACAAAGCAUAAAUGGUGAAAGUUUACCAGGAUUAAAUACAGAAUCAAAACAAGAAGAUUUUGUAGAUUGUAUUGAAAACUUAUUAAAACAUCCAAAAUUCUUAAGUUCAAGAAUUGUACCUAGUUCAAUUGAAGAACAAACAGCAAUGGAAAAAGGUGGAGAUACAUUGGAUAAAUUUACGAAAAAGAUCAUUGAUGAAAUAAAGACAUUAAAAGAUUUCAUAGAAUAA